CAUUCUAUUCUUAAAACUCUACCUCUGUUGAGCUGUGUAGAAAAGAGGACAUACUGGCACCUCUCUCUGUUCUCUGCCUCUCUUCACAGUCUCCUCUGACUGUAUUUCUGUCUUUGGGAAAUUAUUUUAAUUUCAUUGUUCUUCAUAAACAAGCUGGAACUGGACUUAUUGGACUUUAAUCCAUUGUGAAGAGGGUACAGUGGUCGAACAGUCAAUUGGUUGGACGAUCUGACGGUUUUCUGUUUGGACUAUAACCACGAAGAGAGUUUUCUGUGUUUGAGGAGAGCAGGGAAGAGAUGAGCUAGCUGCUGAGUGAAAGAGUAUCAUCUUGUAAUUAGUGGACUGGACUCUGAAAGAGGUGCUGGUUUAAGAUAAGGAAAAGGAACGAUCACCCUGGGUUCCCAUUUAGAGUAAAUACAGGACAAGGAGGGUUACAUUUCAUUUCAACCAACCAUUGACUGUUGUUUAACCAAGGAAGGAACUUGCUUGUGUUUGAGAAGAGCAGGGAAGACCUACCGUAGCUGCUGUGUGUGAAGAACACAGGUGGUUACAUUACGGUUUAACCAGCCAUUGACCAUGGUUGACCGCUCUGCUGCGGAACCCACCAUGAGCUCCAGCCUGGUCAACUCUCUUGCCAAGGUGUACGACCCCAACCCUCUUCAUGGUCAGAAACUGGCCGGAACAAAGCUGAUACGUUCACCCACUGGACCUGACAAACAACCCCAGACACCGUCCUCACCCUCUUCCUCCUCCUCCUCUUCUCCGGUCAUUGCUACAUGGUGCGUUGAGACUGAAAGCCGCAUGGACUCUCUAAGCAGCCAGAUGGAGCGUCUGAUUAACCUCCAGGAGACCGUCCUCACCCGGCUGGACGGACUGUCCCGGGACCUGGGGGGCGUGGGGAGGGAGGUGGCCUCUCUCCGGGCCGGGGCCUGGGGGUCGGCUGGAGGUCUGGGCCAGACCCAGGGUAAGACCCAGACCCAGGGGGUGGAGGUGGAGGGUCAGGCCCAGGAGGUGGCUGCGGCCUGUAGGGUGCUCCAGGGGGUGGUGCAGGAGGCCAGCCAGCGAGUGGAGCAGCAGGGGCAGAGGCUGGAGGGAGUGGAGAGGCUCGUGGAGGGCAUGCAUCAGGUCAUCGGUUUCAUCGGAGAGGUGGUGAAGAGCUCUAUGCUGGCUGAGCUGCUGUUUAAAAAGCCUGGAGGCUGUAAGGGGGCUAAGGCCAAACAAGCCAGGAAGCUGAAGGACAAUGGGAUGAGGGAUGGGAAGGACAAGGCCAAACUCAGCCUGAAGUGCCUGAAAGCCCAGAAGAAGAAGAAGCCUCCAGAUGUAUCAGACUCUGUAGAGGCCCUCCUUCUAGACCAGGUAGAGAAGCUCAACAGGCAGAAUGCUGAGCGUUCCCAUGGUAAUGGGGUGGUUCUGGACAUGCCCCGCAUCCCCGUUGUCCAACCAGAUGACAUGGAAGAGCUAGAGGGGAAGGAGGAGGAGAAGAGGAAAACCCCUGACCAGGAGGAAGAGCAGAGGGCCAGGGAAGAAGAGGAAGAGGAGGGGGAUAUAUUUGGUGAAUCUGACCCUGAGGAAGAGGAGGGAAGAGAGGGAGAGGCACUGAAGAUUAAGGUGGAGCACGUUCAAGAGGAAGACGGGGAGAAGAGAGGGGAAGGAGGGGAGAAAGAGUCAUCAGAACCUCUAGAAAGUUCUGAGGAGUUAGGUGAGGUGGCUGCCAGCAGUAAACGUGGCGUCCAAGAGGAGUAUUGGGUGAAAGACAACUUGAAAAAGAGUCGAGUGGAGGAAAAGAAAGAUGGGGAAGAGGAGGAAGGAAGAGUUCCUGAGGGUUCAGAGCUUCAGGCUGCCCAAUCAGAGGCAGAGAAGACGGAGAAGGAAGAGGAGGUGGAUGAUGGACAGCCAAAAGAGUACAUUAUUGACUCUAGCCCUCCGCCAGCAGCCCCCUUUGAUCACCGCAUCGUGACACCUAAACCUCACCAGGUUACUACCUUCUACGCCAUUAACAGAGAGGAGGUCCUAGGAGGGGGACGUUUUGGACAAGUCCAUAAAUGCGUAGAGAACUCUUCUGGACUGAAGCUUGCCGCCAAGAUUAUCAAAGCCAGGAGCCAGAAAGAGAAGGACGUGGUGAAGAAUGAGAUCCAGGUGAUGAACCAACUCAAUCACGCCAACCUGAUCCAGCUCUACGCUGCCUUCGAGUCAAGCCACGACAUCAUCCUCGUCAUGGAAUAUGUGGAUGGAGGGGAGUUGUUUGACCGGAUCAUAGACGAGAACUACAACCUGACAGAGCUAGACACAGUGCUGUUCAUCAGACAGAUCUGUGAGGGAUUACAGUACAUGCACAAGAUGUACAUCUUACAUCUAGACCUCAAGCCAGAGAACAUUCUGUGUGUGAGCAGAGCUACAAACAAGAUCAAAAUAAUAGACUUUGGGCUUGCAAGAAGGUAUAAGCCCAGGGAAAAGCUGAGGGUUAAUUUUGGAACGCCGGAAUUCCUAGCUCCUGAAGUCAUCAACUAUGAAUUUGUCUCAUUCCCUACAGACAUGUGGAGUCUGGGAGUCAUCACAUACAUGCUGCUGACUGGUCUGUCUCCAUUCCUGGGUGACGAUGACAACGAGACUCUGAACAACAUCCUCGCCUGUCAGUGGAACUUUGAGGAGGAGGAGUUUACAGACAUCUCUGAGGAGGCCAAAGACUUCAUCGCGCGCCUGCUGAUCAAGAGCAAUAGUUGGAGGAUGAGUGCCUCACAGUCACUGAAACAUUCCUGGCUGUCGGACCGUAAUCUUCACUACCGCCUGCAUCAGAAGAAAAAUAAGUGCCACUCAACACACCCUCACCCUCCCCGAAAAUCUAGACAGUCCCCCAUCCAGAAUGAGUCUCCCCUCCAAAAUGACGCCCAAGACCCUGUGGGCACCUUAUGAUGACAUGGGCUGCUGCCUAUUGAUGACACUGGGGCCAGGGGCGGGACCCAACACUGGACCAACACUGCUGUACCUGUAUGGCUACUCGAUCACUACUCUCUGCGCUGCCUCGCAUCCUCGCAUCCGUUAGCUUUGCACCGCGGCUCGCUAUAGCUCUCGCCACAGAUGGGAGGGUGUGAGGCCAGCAGGAAGUUUAGGGUUACAUUUCUACCUCCAACCCCAGCCCCAUCCCACUCUGUUACUCUGGCCACAACAUCACCAAAGACACUCAGCUAACAACCCAGCUAACAAUGUCCACAGUGGCAUGGUGCACCAUGCGGUCAUUCAGUCCUGCAAGCACAAAAAGAAGGGACCUUCGCCAUGACAAGGGAAGAGGGGAUUGCAGGUGGGGUGGCCAACAACUUUGUUCAACAGCUGAAUGUCCCUUAUGGGCCAGUGUAUUGCUGUCCUAGCUUCAGUUGGGUAACUGAAAGAACUCAGUUGGGACAGAGCUGACAUGUGCAGCCCCUGGGCUGAGGGUUAGGAGGAGGGCUUCUAGUCUGAGAGGACAUCACGCACAGCCCCUCGGACCCAGUAGGCAUCAUCCUGCUGAAUGAAAGAUGAGGCGUGGAGUGAAAGAGUGGAGUGCCCAUUACCCCCAGUAGAAAUUGUACCCAGUAUUAAUGUAGUAUUUAUCAUAUUGCAGUUAAUGUGGUGUAACAGUUACCUAAAACUCGACAUUACUUGAUAAAGAAACGUAUGUGUUAAUAUGAUGGCUACCUUCAUAAUAGUUUUGUGUAAUUAAUAAAGGUAUUUUGCAUAGUCACAUGUUAUAAGCAUCAUGCCCUGAACUUUUAAUGGAUCGCUAUCAAAUACAAACGGAACCCCCAUCAUAUUAUUUGUGUAUAUUUUCAGCAUACUGUGGAUGUGAAAUACCUUAUCAUAGGUCUAGUUUACCAAGUCUUGUCAUACCAUUGCUUUUUAUUUAUUUGAGAGGUUUUGAAUUAGAAGUCUGAUGUGGGAGCAUUUCUUUUCCUGGUAUUUUCCUAGCAUAGUUUCUAGAGUUAGGAGUGCUUUUUUUUUUCUUUACAUUUGACAAUACUGUCCAUUUCUUCUUUAUUUGCCCCAUUGAAGUUUGUUGUAUUAAUUAAUUGAAAUUGGAAAAUUAACAGAUUAUUCCUUAGUAUUGGCUCUUCCCAUUGCUGCUAACUUUACUUUCUCCUGGCACCACUGGUGUGAAUUUACUAUAAAACCACCUCUGUGCUUGCAUGCUGUUGGCUUGACCUUUGACCCUGCUUUGCUUUGGCCAUUUGGAGUAGCCCUCUCACCUUCCAUGAAGGCAUACUACUGAUCUACAGAACACUACCUAUAUGAUUGAAUAAUUCAUGUUUAUCACUGAAGUUAGUAGCCACCCACAGGGCACAGAUGUCAGUUCAACGUCUAGUUUUGAUUUACAUUUCGUUCAGUUGUCAACUAACGUGAAUUCAGUAUUUUUUUAGGUUAAAAGAUUUAGGUUAAAAGUUGGGUGAAAAAAAUACGAAAUGCCUUUACGUUGAUAGCGCAAAUCCAAUUAUACUGAACAAAAAUAUGAACGCAACAUGUAAAGUGUUGGUCCCAUGUUUCAUAAGCUGAAACAAGGGACAUGUCCCCCCCACAUUCUGAAAUUGCAUUUUUGUCCCCCCCAGUUUUAUCAUUGGAAUGUGAUACAAAACAAGGCAACGGUGUGCUUUAGGACCAUUUCGGACGCCUCCGAGCAGUCUGGUAGGCUGUUAGGAAUGUUUAUCCAACUGAAAACAAGUUAUAAAAUAACAAUCAUAAUUAUGGUCCCCCCCACUUCUAAAACCAAAGUUGCACCCCAGAUUAUUACACAGGUGCACCUUGUGCUAGGGACAGUAAAAGGUAACUCUAAAAUGUGCAGUUGUGUCACACAACACA